AGAAACAAGUUAUUGAAUUGCUUUAGGGGGAACCCCACCACGACUUGGCUUUCACAAGCUAAUUGAAAUUUGCGAUCGCAUCGGGACGUACUGUGGCCAACGCGGAUCUUUGAAUUGAUUAUCCGUGUAAAAAAUGGCUAAUCAAACAGAAUCGACGACAAAACUGCUCAGCGAAGCAAUACCUUUGGUUAUCCUUGGCGUUUUAAUUACGUUGGAAAAUCUCCUGGUCUGCUUUCUGGUGUAUCGCUUCCGCAAAUUGCGAACUUUCACAAACGGUUUUAUAGUGUCUUUGGCUCUUUCAGAUAUCCUCUUUGGUGCUGUGUUAAUUCCAGUGAACAUAGCGGACCAAUCCAACCCUGCCAAUGGAUAUCUGGUGUCGCUUAUUCUUUUCGCGAACGUUACCAAUUUAUUUGCGGUAACGCUGGACCGCUAUUUGGCCGUUAUGAACUCGCUGCGAUAUUCUUACACGAUGACUAGACAUUUUGUCAAAAUCUUGCUCACGGCCUGGAUUUUACCCAUUCCACUGAGCCUUCUACCGUUGAUCUGGGACAACGAGAAAGGUACAACUGCAGAAAAAGUCUAUCUGUUCUUCAUUGUAGGCGGUGUUGUAGUUCCUUACAUUUUCAUCCUGUUCGCCUACAUCAAGAUCUUCCGUGAAGUCGCGCGACAGGUAAAGAACCUUGCAAAACUUGCAACUUACGAUAAUCAACAACAGACUGCUCGUGAAGGUAAACGAGUCACUGGCGAGGGGCGCGUCGCUAGAGUUUUCGCUAUGAUAGCAGGUAUCUUCGUUAUAAGCUGGAUGCCUGUGUUCUUCAUGACCGCCGCGGAUGCUUUACAAAGAGACGAUAUCAUUCCACCUGUACUCUGGACAGUUUCGUGGUACACCAUGACAGCAGGGUCGCUGUUGAACGCCGCGGUGUAUGCGUUUUUCAAGCGCGACUUUAGGAACGCGUUUCUGCGUCUUUUCCGAUGCCGCACGGUUUCUUUCGAUCGACAUGGUUCUGAGGAGGCUAUUUCAGGCACAUCACUGAACUAAACGAUAUAUUGGCGGUUUUGCUUUUAGAUUACUAAUUGUCCUGCUGUUUUUUUCCUUUCGAAUUUGAUAUGUCACUACGACUUGAUAUCAAUAACUCGUUUGGUUUUUUGCGACCAGGGUGGCAUAAAUCUUUAAAAAGUCUUGUUUUUUUCUUUCCAGAAAAGAGAAAAAUUGAAAUAUUUGUGUUACAGUUUUUGACUGGGCUGGUGACACCUUGAUUCCCCAUAAAGCUUUUAUGAAAUGAAUUUAAAACUCAAUAUGAAUUGUGAUUUACUUUGAAAUCAUUCGUGUUUUAGAUAAUCAUAAGGAAAAUACAGUUAGAAGCCUACAUAUUGGCACGAUUUCUUUAAAAAAAGAAAUACAAUUGCGAAAUCCUAGAUAGCUUUUCAUUUUUGUAAAGAGUAUUUAAAAAGCCUGUUAAAUAGCGUUUGAACUGACAUUUUGGUAAAAUUCGCUAGAAUAUUAAAAUCUGUAAUGUCAACUGUAGCUAAACUACAAAAGAACCGCC